AUGUUUAAGGUAUCACCAUGGAAAGGAAUAAUCCGGUUUAGAAAAAGGGGAAAGUUAAGCCCAAGGUUUAUCGGGCCCUUCAGAAUCAUCGAGCGGGUCGGCAGGGUGGCAUACCGUCUCGAACUGCCUGCAGAGUUGAGUGGGAUACAUAGCACGUUCCAUGUAUCACAUCUCCGGAAAUGUCUAGCUGACGAAACCGCGUAUAUUCACUAUGACGACAUCGAGGUGGAUAACAGUCUCAACUACGCGGUGAGACCAAUUGCGAUUUUAGACCGUAAGGUAAAAAGCCUGAGGAACAAGAUGAUUAGUCAAGUAAAGGUCAAAUGGGAACACCGAAAAGGAUCAGACACCACAUGGGAGUCUGAAGAGGAAAUGAGACGACUCUACCCUACACUUUUCGGCAACACGAGCGAGGCGUCGGGAAGUCAUGCUGGUGUGGACGCACGUUUAAAGGGAAAGCUUUGA